UCGAGUCAUGGAUGUAAAUCUCAUUUUGCUGUUUGUUUACAUAAUAUUCUACAACAUUAUCUUUGCAAAUGGUAUUAAAAUUCAGACGGCCAUUUUUCAAGUACCUCGUAACCACCCGGACAUACGUAAAUGUGCAAUGGAAAUUCUACACAUUAACAAUGUUACUGGUGCACGAAUAUCUGAUCAGACAGGAAAAUGCGAGAAAUUGACAGAUGAAUAUACGACUGUUGCACCAGGAUAUGAAUACAUCGAAAAGGUGUAUUUUAAAAUAGAGUUUCAACCAGCGAUUUCAACUGAUCUAAUAAAUCCUAUUGAUCGUAAGGUAAACCUACUGUACUUACCCCUCACAAUGUGGUCUAGGCUGGACUUCAGUUUUGUUCGGAAGCCACCUUCGCAAUAG